CCACAGCUCUGCUCCUGCUGCGCCAUCGGGGAACCACGUGUGGCUGUCGCCCGCCACUCUGCCUGUCUAGCUCAGCCCAUCCCAGGGCCGGGAGGGGACGCGGAGGCGGGGUGGGCUGUGCCCCGCUGGUACCCAGCCGGCCGGUGCCCUCGCCCGAGCGAGCAGCUGUGCCUGCCUGCCGCUCCUGCCCCUGCUGCUGACACGGGGAGGCUGGGGUCCUGACCUAAGAUCCAGGAGCCAAGGAAAGCCAAGGGAAGCCCUGCGCUGGGUUCCCGCACACUAGCCCUGGUAGUGCCCUCCCAAGGACACUCUGAGAGACCCUGGGGCAGCGAUCUGUAGGUGGCCAAGGCAGCAGGAGGGCGCAGCUUCCCUGGGUACCUGGGCUGGGAUUCCUUUCCCAAAUCCGGAGAUUUUUGCGCAUCAGGAGGGGGAACGCUUGCUAGGCCGACAGGACUCACUGUGGGAGCUCCAGGAGUUUUGGGAGAGGCCACCCCCCAAAGCAAGGGCAUUUGGAGAGAUGUGGCACUAGGGACUUGGAGGAGAAAUACAUGCAUUUUAGGCUGUGUCUCGGAGGAAGAAGCAGUACCCCUGAAAAGCAACUGUAAUUGACCAGGAAGAGGCCUUAGAUUCUCUAGUUGAAGACUUAAAAUAUGCUGAAAAGCUGGUGUUGUCCUCGGGGAAUUUAGGGACCAGUCGGUGCCCGGGAGAGUGACCUGGAGCACGGAACCCAGAAGAUAGAUGGAAAGCAAGAGGGUACUUUUACCGGCAUGGUUUGGAUUGCUAUGGGGAAGGCCGUGAUGGAACACCUCUGUCUUUUAGUUGGGGCAGCAACUGGGGCUGGGCAAGGGGCUGCCGGCUGGUGAGUGACCAGGGGGAGUCUGGCUAAGCCUGCUCAAGAACCCCAGGACCAAGUCACCCGGAAGUGCUUUCUGUCGGGACGAUGGCUCCGAACACUUCUACCAUGGAUGGGGCUGGGCUGGCCGUGGAGAGGGAUUUCUCCUUUCGCAUUCUCACCGCCUGUUUCCUGUCGCUGCUCAUCCUGUCCACUCUCCUGGGGAACACCCUCGUCUGUGCCGCUGUCAUAAGGUUUCGACACCUGCGGUCCAAGGUGACCAACUUCUUUGUCAUCUCUUUAGCUGUGUCGGAUCUCUUGGUGGCUGUCUUGGUCAUGCCCUGGAAAGCUGUGGCUGAGAUUGCUGGCUUCUGGCCCUUUGGGUCCUUCUGCAACAUUUGGGUAGCCUUUGACAUCAUGUGUUCCACUGCGUCCAUCCUUAACCUCUGUGUGAUCAGCGUGGACAGGUACUGGGCUAUUUCCAGCCCUUUCCAGUAUGAGAGGAAGAUGACCCCCAAGGCAGCCUUCAUCCUAAUCAGCGUAGCAUGGACUUUGUCUGUUCUCAUCUCCUUUAUCCCGGUGCAGCUAAGCUGGCACAAGGCAAAACCCGAGUGGCCCUUGGAUGACAAUUCCACUUUCCUGGAAGAUGCUGAGGAUGACAACUGUGACACCAGGCUGAGCAGGACGUAUGCCAUCUCCUCCUCCCUCAUAAGCUUUUACAUCCCCGUAGCCAUUAUGAUCGUCACCUACACCAGUAUCUACAGGAUUGCCCAGAAACAAAUCCGGCGCAUCUCAGCCUUGGAGAGGGCAGCAGUCCAUGCCAAGAAUUGCCAGACCACCACUGGCAAUGGAAACCCCGUGGAAUGUUCUCAAUCAGAAAGUUCCUUUAAGAUGUCCUUCAAGAGAGAGACUAAAGUACUGAAGACCCUGUCGGUGAUCAUGGGGGUGUUCGUCUGCUGCUGGCUCCCUUUCUUCAUCUCAAACUGUAUGGUACCCUUCUGUGGGGAUGGGGAGACCCAGCCAUUUUGCAUAGACUCCAUCACCUUUGAUGUAUUUGUGUGGUUUGGGUGGGCAAACUCUUCCUUGAACCCCAUCAUUUAUGCCUUCAAUGCUGAUUUUCAAAAGGCAUUUUCAACCCUCUUAGGAUGCUAUAGACUUUGUCCUACAACAAACAAUGCCAUAGAGACAGUAAGCAUCAACAACAAUGGGGCUGUGGUGUUUUCCAGCCACCAUGAGCCUCGAGGCUCCAUCUCCAAGGACUGUAAUCUGGUUUACCUGAUCCCUCAUGCUGUGGGCUCCUCUGAGGAUUUGAAAAAGGAGGAGGCAGGUGGAAUAGGUAAACCACUGGAGAAGCUGUCCCCAGCCUUAUCGGUCAUCCUGGACUAUGACACUGAUGUCUCUCUAGAGAAGAUCCAACCUAUCGCUCACAGUGGACAGCCCCCAACCUGAAUUUUGGGUCGUCAUCUCCGAAGCUGGCCAGGGCUUCCCUAGAGCUGUUAAGGAAUUAAGGUCUGGUGGGACGGUGAGCCACCUCAAGAUCCCUCUGCUGCUUCUGAACAAUUACAAAACUUUUCCAAUGCAUUACUUCCGGUGUGUUUUCUAGGGAGGGAAAGGACUUGGGCUCUGAAAUCAUUUUUGAAACUUAUUAUCUUAGGAUGUUAUUUUAAAAAAAUGGGACAAAGAGUCAACAGUCAACAGCUUCACUUAGAAAUCAAAACUUUCUAGGAAGGAAGUGAGAGAGUUGAGUUUGCUGUGUCCAAACAGGUGCUAAAACUGUCCGAGCAGUUUUCAGAUUGUACAGGUAGGUGCAUGCCUUCACUAAUUACUUCUACAACACUAAUUGAGCCUUACAGCAAGAGUGGGAUUUCUCUUUUCAGAAUUGACAGAUGUUCUGUUGACAGUGGUUUUAUUUAUUUAUUGUAUUAUAUGGAUAUUUUAAAUUGAUCAUAGUGAAUCUAUAUUUAUUCAUAUUUAAUAGAACAAACCAAUGUUAUUGGAGACUGAAUAGUCCAAUGUGCUAGUGCUUUACGAGUCCAAGGAACACACAUACACAGACUCCGAGAUUUGGAAUUGUGAGUAACUUCUAGAAACACAGCAGAGACUGACGUGCUGGCUCCUUAACACGGACACAAAUACAAGAUGGGAAGCGAUUAACAACACCAAUGCUCCCCUCCUAAAAACACUGCCCUGAAUGUUUUAAAAGGCAAAGGCUUUCCCAUGGUGAAUUUGCACGUCUGUAAAUAUCUGUGUGAAAGUCAGCUCUAGAAGAAUACAGCUUUACGUUUCUGUUUUUGGAUGGCAAGGAAGAGCGUGUGCCACUUUGUAUUUAUGUAAAAUAACUGGCCCUCCCUGUCGUUUCUCAUUUCAUGCUUGAAAUAGCUUUCUGAAACAAACAAAUAGCUGUCCAUCCCAGAUUAAGAACUGCAGCAGGAACGAGCUGUAAAUUCACGGGUCACAGCCGACCCUCCGAUGGGCAGGGUCCAUGUCUGGUUGUUCUCCAGCUGCCCAUGUCAAACCAAGCCGGCGGCUCAAGGGGCUACUUUUGCAGAGCUUCAAUCUGAACUUACUUACCCCUUUUCAAAUAAGCUCUUUGAUGUUAGCGGUAAAGUAGCUAAUGAGUGGUGCCUCAUCAUGGUCUCGUUCUACUUCCGUUGGUGGGGGGGACCGGAAGAGGCCCUUUCCCUCUGUAUCUUGAGCAUCUCAAAGCCAUCGGUAUCACUAGUCACAAACGCUAUUAUUUUUCUCCGUGGUUCUGAAUCCAGUUUCCACGCCAUAACCUGGACUGCAAACAGUACCAUCAGGUCCCCUCAUGUGGGGAAGCUAAGUGAUGUGGGACAUUGCAACAGUUACUUCAUUUUAUUUAUUUCUGUUUUCGCUUUGGAAAUGUUUACGAGGUGUUCUUGGUAAGCGGUUGGCAACAUGUGGAAGGAACUGACAAAGCGAGGAGCUUGCUGACAGCAGCUCCCGCACUGGGUCUGUGUCCUUAUGUACUUUGAAUGUUCUCUCAGCUCUACUGCUUGUAUGCUUUCUUACAUACAAUAAAAUUAUUUUGUGAGUUCAAGUCAA